GAGAGAGAGAGAGAGAGAGAGAGAGGGAGAGGAUUUCUCUCCGACGCCAACCCCACUCCUCAUCCAAACCCCUAAACCCAAAGAUCAGAAAGUGGAUUUAUCUCCUUUCCACUUUCCGUCUCCGAUGGCUUUAGAUUUGUCGCUUCUUUUUUAGUUCUUGAAAUCUUGACACCGAUCCGAUCUUCGUAUGCUCAGAGAUAUGUCUUCUUUGAGAUUUUUCCGGCGAAAUGCUGGAAAAGGUAUUCAAUCCGAAGAGAGUGAGAAUGUUCCGGUGAAUCCGGCCGAUGCCGUGGAACCCUCAAUGGAGAAAGAACCCGAUCGCCCACCCUUGAGCACGAUCCAGAACCCUGGAUCGAUUCCGGAGCAAGAAUUGUGCAAGAAGAGGAAGCUAGAAAGGACUCCUUCGAGGAACAGAGGCAUACCUCCUCGCACCCCGGACAAGCCAGGGAUUGCGAGGAACCGGUUUGGAUGGGGGCAGAGGAUGGAUCAGGAUUGGGAAGAGGGGAGGGAAGAUAGCAAGGGAGAAUCUUGUUCCGUUACUGGGACGAACAGCUUGCCCCCUGCUCCAAGAGGUCCUGGCAGCGGAUAUACGACUCCUAGGGCCAACCGGACUGCCGGGAAGGCUUCGUCCGCAAAUUCGGAGAGCUCUUUGGCGCAGAGCACGCCAACAAAAAGCGUGUCGAAGCCACGUAGCGUGAAUUUCGGGACCUUGUCAAGGGGUGCUUCGGCUGUCUAUGGUCCAGUUUUGGUCGUGGAUAGUGUAGCAGUGCCACAUUUCGAGCUUAGGGAGGACCCAUCGUUUUGGAUGGAUCAUAAUGUACAGGUUUUGGUUCGUAUACGCCCACUUAACAACACGGAAAAGAACUCAUAUGGUCACAGUAGAUGUUUAAGGCAGGAAAGUGCUCAGAGUAUUACUUGGAUUGGGCAGCCUGAGACACGAUUUAUAUUUGAUCAUGUAGCGUGUGAGACUAUCACCCAGGAGGUGCUUUUUAGAGUCGCUGGUUUACCAAUGGUAGAAAAUUGCAUGUCUGGUUACAAUAGUUGUAUAUUUGCAUACGGCCAGACAGGAAGUGGGAAAACAUAUACUAUGCUUGGUCAAAUUGACGACAUUGAUAAGAAGCCUAGUCCUGAUCAAGGGAUGAUGUCUCGCAUUUUCGAGUUCUUAUUUGCAAGGAUUAGAGCUGAGGAAGAAAGCCGGAUGGAUGAAAAAGUACGUUUUAGCUGCAAAUGUUCAUUCCUUGAGAUCUAUAAUGAACAAAUAACAGAUCUUUUAGAUCCUUCUUCUACGAAUCUGAUGCUCAGAGAAGACACAAAAAAAGGUGUAUAUGUAGAGAACCUUACUGAAUAUGAGGUGAACUCAGUGUCUGAUGUCCUUAAGCUACUUAUUCAGGGAUCUUCCAACAGGAAGGUGGCAGCAACAAACAUGAAUCGUGAAAGCAGUCGUUCUCAUAGUGUUUUCACAUGUGUUAUUGAAAGUUGCUGGGAGAAGAAUUCAACAACUAACUUCAGAUAUGGGAGACUUAAUUUGGUAGAUCUUGCUGGUUCUGAGAGGCAGAAAAGUUCUGGCGCUGAAGGAGACCGACUGAAGGAAGCUGCAAAUAUCAACAAGUCGCUCUCAACCCUAGGCCAUGUUAUCAUGGUUUUGGUUGAUGUUGCACAUGGAAAGCAGAGACAUAUCCCUUAUAGAGACUCCAGGCUGACAUUCCUUCUCCAGGAUUCUCUUGGUGGAAACUCAAAAACAAUGAUUAUCGCUAACGUCAGCCCUUCACUCUGUUGUUCAAGCGAGACACUAAGCACUCUGAAGUUUGCUCAACGUGCAAAACUCAUUCAAAAUAAUGCUGUUGUGAAUGAGGAUACUUCAGGAGAUGUGACUGCAUUGCAAAAUCAGAUACAUAUUUUGAAGGAGGAAAUUGCACUAUUGAAGCGCCAAAACGUUUCAAGGUCACUUUCAUUCAAUCCUGAUGUACAUAAUGAUGAUGCGUGCAAAAAUAAUAACUUUGAUGAUGUUAAUGGGUUGGCAAUUUCUGGCAGCCCUAGGAUCUCAUGUAAGAAGUUAAAGUCAUUGGAGGCAACACUUGUUGGUUCAUUGAGAAGGGAACAAAUGCAGGAGUCUAUGACUAAGCAGCUCGAAGCAGAGAUAGAACAGUUGAAUCGCUUGGUCCGCCAAAGAGAGGAGGAUACUCGAGGGAUGAAGAUGAUGCUGCGUUUUCGGGAGGAUAAGAUUCAAAGGAUGAAAUCUCUUGUCGACAGUUUGAUGCCAUCAGAUGUCUAUCUGCUGCAGGAGAAAAAUGCUCUAACUGAAGAGCUAGAAUUAUUAAGAAAUCGUGUGGAUAGAAAUCCUGAGGUCACUCGGUUUGCUAUGGAAAAUAUAAGACUUCUUGAGCAACUCAAAAAGUUUCAGGAAUUUUACCAAGAGGGUGAACGAGAAAUCCUAUUGGGUGAAGUCUCCGCACUGCGCAAUCAGCUAAUUCAACUCUAUGAUGGAAAGUUCAAACUGGAUAAUAUCCAGAACAUUGGUUGCACACCUCAGCUGCAGAUGGCAACUAAAGUUGGAGCAGCUGAUGUGCCUAGUGAAGAUAAGCCUUUGCGUCUAAAGAUGAUCAACUGCCAAAAAGAAUUGGAGCGUUGCAGGAAUAACCUAAGUUCUUGUAUGGCAGACAAUGAAAAAUUGACCAGAGAGAUAGAUGACUUACACAUUCAACUAGAUGCUGCUAAAUCACUGUGCCGUGAUCAAGAAGAAAUGCUGAGGAAGCAGCAUGUUGUCCCUUUAAGUCCUAUUGCAGCAGCAAAAACAACUCAUACUCAGGCAGAUGUGAUUAAUAAGCAUAAUCAGGAUCUUUUUACAGAAGAUAUAUUGCAUUCAACAGAUGAUCAGAAAUCUUGGGGCAAGUUAGUUGAUGGAACUCCCAGAAGAGGAGGAUUAGAGGAUGACAUUGUGCUGAAAUAUUCUACUGAUGUCAUCAAUUUGCAGCUGGAGUUAGAUUUAGUGAGAGUCAUGCUUGAAGAGGAAAGAUCAUGUAGAUUAGAGGCAGAGAAGCAGCUUUCUGAUCUGUGCAAUGAGUUUGAGAAGGAAAAUAAUCAGUAUCUGAUGACAAAUGAAAAAUUAAGAGAUGCAGAGAAGGAGUUGAAUGACACAAGGUCAAUUAUUGAGGAACUUGAGUCCCAAAAUGUCCUUUUAUUAAAGGAUCUGGAGAGUCUGAAAGUUCAGAAUGAUCAACUUGUUUACCAUCUGGAGAAAAAGGAAGAUGAGAUCUCAUGUUCUAAGGGGCAGUUUGAAAAUUACAAAAGGAAUACACAAACAAGUAUUUCACAUUGGUACAGUGAAGAGCAAUCUCUUGAAGAAUCCCUAAAGAAUGCUGGGAAUGAUGAAUCUCACUUCCAGUUAAAGCUGAAGAGAAUGCAACAUUCUCUGGAGAAGGCCAGGAAACUGAAUUUGAUCUACCAAUCUGAUCAGGCAUCCCAGUCAACAUAUGAACAAGAAAUGGAUAAAGUUAGAGAGCAGGUUGAAGCAGAAACUGCUCAAGCAAUCAUCUGCCUACAGGAAGAGCUUGCCAUGGUUCAGCAACAGGCUAACAUGAUUACUGAAAAAGAUCUAGAAACAGGCAAAAGGGUUAAACAUUUGGAGGAUUCGUCAAAAGGUUUGCAGGAUAAAGUGUCUUUGCUGAUGAAGGAAAACAGUAGACUUGUUGAGGAAGUUCAGAAAAGAGAUGAGGAAAUGAAGUCAUUGACAGAGGAGUGGGAGAAGGUAGCCUGCGAGAUUGCCAAAGUGCUUGUUGAUGGGAAUGAGGUGAUGGAAAAUGCCUUGUAUGAGGUUAAUAGUAUUGCACAAUCCUUUCCUCGGAGAUCCUGGAUAAGUAUCCAGGUUGAGAAGAUGAUAAGUUGCAUUCUUGAAAAAGAUGCACAGAUAGAAGACCUAAAAAGAUGCCUGAUGGAUGCACAAGCAGCGGGGCAUGAUGUAGAGUGGAAAUUGCAGUCUUUAAAGGAUGCAACUGUUGCUGUAACUGAAGCUCAGAAGCAGGAAAUAAAUGAGAAAGGAAACAUGAUCCUUCUUUUGAAGUCACAGCUUGAUGAAAAAGCGUCAGAAAUUAUUGAUUUGGAAAGUAAGGUUGAACUUGCAAAAAUGGAGGGAUCUGAAUAUUUUGAAAUUGCAAUUGAGGAGAUCGAAAUACAGGUUGAGAGUGCAUGGCAAUGGGCAUUUACUUCUGAUGCUGUUAUGUGUGUCCUUCUUGGUGCUAUAACGAACCAUCCAUCUGAUGAAUUACUUUCUGAGAGAUGCUUAGCUGUGGGUGCUACAUCAGUUGGUCAUUUAGAUGAAGAAACAGCAAUGGAAUUGGGAAAUGAUAUAAGCAUCCUCAAUUCCUGCUUGAAAAAUUGCCUGGAAAGUAUUAGGGAUGUUUGCAAGGGGGAUGGGUUAAGGUCAACACCAAAUGGUAAUGAAAAGAGCUUGACGAUUGAAAAGUAUGUGGUUACAUCUGUGAAGCCAAACCAAGAGAUUGUGGCUAGAGAAUCCCUGUAUGAUGGCUACCCAAAACUGGAUAGGAUGCUUCAGGACCAUAAAUAUGCCUGUCAGGAUGAUUGUGGGAAGAGAACUCUAUGCAGAUUUAAUGUUGACCAUGCACAUGAUGGACAUUGCACACUUUGUGACUGCAUCCAUGAUCACAAUGAACUGAAACGCUCGACCUCUCUAAUGUUGCUUUCUGAAAAUGAGAGGAUUGAUGGUAAGGGCAUCACAACUGUGCCAAUUCUAAGAAAGGAAAUACACUCUGCAGUUUCCCAUGCUCGGGAAUUACAUGUUGAGUUGAGCAGGUUACUCGCUGAGAAGAAGAUGAUGAAGGACUUUGAGGAACAGAGCAGGGUAAACCUUGAAUCCCUUUCUGCUGAGGUUCUUAAAUUGCAGGAACAUAUUAAUCAAAGGGAAAAAGAGUUUGAGCUUACAUUACUGGAGAUGUGUCAUAGGCUGAAUACUGUCAUGGUGGCAUUUCAAGAGGUUAAAUACAGUUGCGUCCAACACAACAAGGCGAUGGCUCAAGAGCUGGAAACUGCAAAAGCAACUGCAGUGGAGAAAACAGUUGAAGCAUCCCAGUUGGUUAAAAAUUUUGAAGAGGCCCAAGCAACUAUGAGGGAAGCAGAAUUUAUGGUAAAUGAAUUAGUCAAAGCAAGUGAAUCAUCAAAGCUUAAGAUGGAAAAAGCUAAGAAGGUGGAAGCCAAGUUGAUAAGCCAGCAGGAUUUCUUGCUUGGCGAAAUACAGAGAUUGAAUUCUUCAGCCAAUUUGAUGAACCAAGAAUUCAAUAAUCUGGAAGAAGAUUUCCUUUUGUCCUUAACUGAAACAAGGAGUCUGGUUAUAGCACUUCAGGAUCAUUUUAGAGUAAUCCAACUCUCUGUCAUGGAAGAUCUAAAGUCAAUUGCAUGUGAUAUUUACCACUUGAAAUCACUAGUUUUGGAAUCAGCAUGUUUGGCAAAAAAGGGUUUGGAAGAUGUGUGGACUGAUAUUAUUGGAAAAGAUUGUGCUGUAUCUGUACUACACCUCUGCCACAUGGGAAUCUUUUUGGAGGCCGUAACUGGUUUGAAUGCAGAGAUAGGAUUCCUUGAUCAUGGACUGUCUGAAUCCAAUACUGUCAUAGCCAGCUUGAGAGAGAAUAAUCUCAGAGCAAAAGGUGAACUUGAAGCAUGCAGCCAUCUAAGGGGAAAGCUACUAACUGAUAUAAAGAGCAGCUUUGACCGCAUCAUAAAGAAGGAAAAAGAAACUGGUCAAUUUAGAGAAAAACUGAAUGACUUUGAGGGGAAAAUCCUAGAUUUACAGGCUCAGGAAGAACUUCUGUUGACUAGGUCAAAUAACAUGUUUUCUGAGCUUGGUUUCCUGAUGAAAGAAAUAGAUGAGAAUAGCAAAAGUUCUCUAAUGGCUGUACUUAACCAAGAAAAUCUGUUAAGAGAACAAGAACAAUUCCGUCAUAAGCUGGAGGAAUUUUCUAAAAUGGAAAAAGGUAUGCGCAUCCAGCAAGGUUUAUUGAAGGAGUCAAUCCUUAGACAUCUUCAUCUUUUUGUCGAUCCUUCUAUUUUUAUACAUAGAAGCUCAUGCAUAGAACAAAAUGAAGGCAUUGAGCACAUCCAGGAACUCAUGGAACAACAUGCUGAGUAUCUCUUGAUGACAUUGUCCUGUAUGGACUUUGAGUUGCUUGUCUUUUCUUCAGAGUUAACACAGAAGAGUGUGGCUAACCUGUCCUUAUGCAUUGAGCUGGAUCAGCUACGAGCCGAAAAAGAGUUAAUGAUUGCACAAUUAGAGAAAUAUGCAGUCAAGGUUUCUGAAUUUGAGAAAGAGCUUGAAAUUGCAUCAAGAUUAGCUGAUACUGAAGAUAAUCUGCUAUGCAAGAUCUUUAGUGGAUCAACAGCCCCUGAAACAGAAGAUACAUCUGUGGAUUUGGGGGACACGGUGAGAUUUCUACAACAUGUGGAAUCUGAGUUUUUAAAUGGGUUGACAAAGAGAACUUUAAGAACUAUUGAGUUGGGCAAAGAGCGAAAUAACUUGUCUGCAGUCCUUCAAAGACUCAAAGAAGAAAUAGUUCUCUUGAAAGUAGACCAGGAACUUGAAAAUCAGUUCUUGGUUGAUAUGGAUUUGGAGAUGGACCUUUCUAUUUGUUCUCAUUCAAUUAUUGCCGAUGAGCUUGAUUUAAAAACCGAACAAAUGAACUUGCAAAUGGAGAAAAUUAAUGCACUAAGCAAAGAGAAUGGGCUUUUGAGACGUAAAGUUAAUGAGAUCAAUGACGCCAAGGAAAAAUUGUCUUACGAGUUAUUGAAUUUCAAGGGUCAACAUGCUCUUGUUACAUCAGAUCUAGAAAGAAGGGAAGAAGUGCUUGAUCUGAAAAACGAACAAAUAAACACACUAAUGGAGACAAUCAAAGAAUUAAGCAAAGACAAUGAGCUGCUCAAAAACAAAACUGUUGAGAUCAAUGAUGCCAAAGAAAAAUUAUCAUAUGAGUUAUCAAAUUUCAAAGGUCAACAUGCUUUAGUUACUUCGAAUCUAGAAAGAAGGGAAGAAGAGUUGGCUGUACUGCAUCAACAGAGAGUUGCAACUAUGCAGAGCUUGUCUACAACUGAAAUAGAAAAAAAGGAACUUACCUCUGCACUUCAGAGAAAGGACAGUGUGUUGUUUUCUACUAGAUCAAAUGCCAAUCGUUGCUUGGAUUUGACUCAACAGCUUGAUAUAGAUGUAAGCAGAACGUAUCAGAGGGUAGAUAAAUCACUCUCUUUCAUGCUUGGUGAAGUCACUGGUGAAAGAAUAAACAGUUUUUUGGAUGAUCUUUCUGACGGCAUUUCUGAAUGUGAGAUGAGGGUGCUUAAGAUUAUGUCAGAGUAUGAAUAUUUGGAGAGUCUAGCUGAAGAAUUGUACUCUGAAAAUUUCAUGAUCAACUUUGAGAUUACUCGAAAGGAUGAGGUCUUGAAAGGAUUAUCAUUUGAUUUGAGUUUAUUACAGGAGACAGCAUCUAAGGCCAAGGACCAAGAGGAUGAACUCAGAGAAAUGAAAGCCACACUUGUUGCUUUAGAAGGCGAUCUGGACACAAAGUCAAAUCAGCUUGACUGUGCUAUUCAGCACAGCCAGGUGCUUGAAGCUGAUAUUAAAGAAAAAAUUGCUCAGAUUGCCUCACUGGAAUUAGAAAAUGCAACUGUUUUUACAUCGUUGCAGGAAGUAUCAAAUGAAAAUUGUGAGCUAAAACGUCAAUUAGAUGGACUCUUGUCCUUGAAGAACUCUGUUGAUAAUGAACUAGAAAACAAAAGCAUGUCAAUUGAAGAGCUAACUAAAGAAGCUGUAGAACUGAAGUCUUCAUUAGAGAGUGUAAAUAUUUCGCUCACAAGCUUGAAGUCUGAUCUGGAAAAAACUACUAAAGACAGGAAUUUCCUGGAAGGCGAGGUUAUUUCCUUAAAAGAAAAAGUAGCAGUCACACAAGCAUUAGCUGAAGAAAAUGAAGCAGUUGCUGCUGAAGAACGAGAGAUGGCUGAGGCAAGAAGGGCUUAUGCUGAGGACAAGGAAGAGGAGGUGAAGCUUCUAGAGAGAUCUAUUGAAGAGCUUGAAUGUACCAUCAAUGUCUUGGAAAACAAGGUGGAAAUUGUCAAAGAUGAAGCUGAAAGGCAGCGUAUGCAGAGUGAAGAACUGGAAAUUGAGCUCCAAGCUUUGAGGCAUCAAAUGUCAGCAUUACAUACUGAUGGUAUGAAAACCAAAAUGGAUGUCACUACUAGGGAAAGUGAAGAUGAUUUACAAAGGCUCUUAGACGGACAAACAAGUGAGCUAUUGGAAGCAAAAAGACAAAUAGAGUUUUUAAGGAAGACAGUAAUGGAGAAGGAUUUUGAGAUUGAACAGUGCAAGUCUCACAUCUCUGAGCUGACCUUGCAUGCAGAGGCACAAGCGAGUGAGUACAAGCAAAAGUUCAAAUCUCUAGAAGCCAUGGUGCAACAAGUUAAGCCUGAACCUGCUUGUUCUCAAGCCGUUUCAGGGGGGAAUAUUAGAACAGAAAAAGCUCCUGCAAAAGCUAGGGGCUCUGGUUCCCCUUUCAAAUGUAUAGGCCUAGGACUGGCACAUCAGUUAAACUCAGAGAAGGAUGAGGAGCUGUCUGUCGUAAGGCUUCGAAUGGAAGAGCUGGAAGCAUUGGCUGCAAGCAGGCAGAAGGAGAUAUUCAUGCUGAACACAAGACUAGCUGCAGCUGAGAGCAUGACACAUGAUGUGAUCAGGGACCUUCUGGGUGUUAAAUUGGAUAUUACUAACUAUGCUUCUUUGCUAGACCAACAAAAGUUGCAAGAACUAACAGAAAAAGCAAGGCAUCAAAGUGAACAGUUUCAAGAGAAGGAGAAGGAAGUUGUGAAGCUACGGCAACAGCUUAAUGAGUUUAUAGAGGAGAGGAGGGGCUGGAUAGACGAGAUAAAUCGAAGGCACGCAGAGAUGGUGGCUGCACAAAUCUCAUGUGAAAAGCUUCGACAAAAGGAGCAAUUUCUUACAAUAGAAAACGAUAUGUUAAAGAUGGAAAAUACUACACAGAAGAAGAAGGUUGUGGAACUAGAAACGGAGGUCAAGAAACUGUCUGGACAGCAGAAUCUGCAGCAACGCAUACAUCAUCAUGCAAAAAUCAAGGAGGAAAAUAACCUAUUGAAAGUCCAUAAUGAGGAACUGGCUGUGAAGGUCAGGAGUACUGAAACACUUCUCGUUCGUGUGAAUGAUGAGCUUGCCCGUUACCGUGCUUGUAGUGGAAAGAAGCCUUAUAUUGAUGUUGAUGAGGAACAAAUUCUGAAAAAUAAAUUAAAGGAAAUUGAUGAAGAGAGGAUUCAAUUGGCACAAAGGUUAUUAAGUAUGUGCACCAGCAUUUUGAAGGCUGCCGGCAUAACGUGCCCAGUCCGUGAUAUAAGUCCAGAUGCCGCUGAGGAAGCACUUGUCCAACUCAAGGAUCGAGCUACUUAUGCUGAAAAGGAGUUACAAGACUUGAAGUUGAAGUACAAAAUAUGCAAAGAGCAGAUACGGUUAUCCGAGCUCAGGCUGCAGGAUUCACCUUCAGAAGUGAGGAAAAUGGAGGGCCUUGCAACACCAAGGAAGUUGCCUCGUAGCCCAUCUGUGACUGCUGCAUAAUGGUCCCCACGAUGCAACCGUGCGAUCUUUCUUUUUGUUCUGGUGAUUGUUAGUUAUUGGCUGACAAUCAGGUGUAUAAUUUUGUGUAUGUAAUCUUACAGGAUAGAUGUAGGCAGAUGCUAAUGCCACCAUCUGUUUUUUUGUUGGUAAGCAUCUGAAUCAUUCUUUCACAUGCCAUAGCUUGUAAUUAAUUAUUCUCAAUAAAAUCCUCUUGUUGACUUGUUGCCA